CGCAGGCUCGUAAAAUGAUUCUUCUUGUUGUUGCUUUCGAAAUGCGGCGAGAGCUUUGAGAAACUUGAACAGACCCAUGGAAUCCUACCCAGAAUUUCCCAAUGCCGCUAUAAAUACCACCUGAGAUCUACAACCCACUGUUGAAUAUGUCCACUAAAGGAAAUGAACUCCGCAAAUUAAGCGAGGAAAGCCUUACAAGGCCGCCAGAAGAAGUAUUUGAUGUCCUCGAAAAACUUGGAGAGGGGUCUUAUGGGUCCGUUUUCAAAGCCAUGCAUAAAGAGAGCGGGCAAGUUGUUGCGAUCAAGCAGGUCCCUGUCGACACAGAUCUUCAAGAAAUUAUUAAAGAAAUUAGUAUGAUGCAGCAAUGCGAUAGUCCAUAUGUAGUCAAAUAUUAUGGCAGUUAUUUCAAGAACACAGAUCUGUGGAUUGUUAUGGAAUAUUGUGGAGCUGGAUCUGUCUCAGAUUUGAUGAAAAUAAGAAACAAAACACUUACAGAAGAAGAAAUUAAAUGUGUGUUAAAGUACACGCUCAAGGGAUUAGAGUAUCUUCAUCUGAGAAGAAAAAUUCACAGAGAUAUAAAAGCUGGCAAUAUAUUACUGAACUCUGAAGGGCAUGCCAAACUUGCAGAUUUUGGUGUUGCUGGCCAGCUUACGGAUACAAUGGCUAAAAGGAACACUGUUAUUGGGACCCCUUUCUGGAUGGCUCCAGAGGUUAUUCAGGAAGUUGGUUACGACUGCCUGGCUGAUAUUUGGUCACUUGGUAUAACUGCCAUGGAAAUGGCUGAGGGCAAGCCUCCAUAUGCAGAUAUUCAUCCCAUGAGGGCAAUAUUUAUGAUUCCUACCAAGCCCCCACCAACAUUUAGAGACCCAGGCCAAUGGUCAGAAGAUUUUAAAGAUUUUGUGUCUAAAUGUUUAGUAAAGAACCCUGAAGAGCGUGCAACAGCUACUGAACUAUUACAGCACUCGUUUAUCCAGGGAGCCAAGCAGAUCAGUAUAUUAAGUAGUAUGAUCCAGGAGGCACUGACGAUCAUGGAAGAAGAGAAUGCGAGGGACGAUGAGGAGGAGGAAGAGGAGGGAGAGGACCACGUUGACUCAGGGACGUUAGUCAAAGUAGGCGCAAGCUCCGCUAGCGACAGCACAAUGGUGGUAAACUCAGACACAGAUGGACUUGGGACAAUGAUAGUGAACAGUGAGGCGGGUACUAUGAUUGAGUCUGACCUUGGAACCAUGGUGAUAAAUAGCGACGAGGAUGAAGACUCGACCAUGAAACGCAUUGACUCGGAUGAAAAGCAGAGUUACCGGCCAUCCUACAUGGACCACUUUGAGCGCAUGUAUGACGCAGGCGGGAAAGGGAGUGGCAGCAGUGAUGGGCGUGGCAGCUCACCCCAGGGAAACGGCAUCCCCGAGGAGGCUGCAGGACUAGUCAAAGGGUACCUUGACCCCUCACGGAUGAGAAAGAAUGGCCCCCCGGAUUUCCAGUUUCUCAAGAGUGCUAGCUUCGAGGAGCUGACGAGAAGAAUGCAAUCGCUAGACUUCGAGAUGGAGCGGGAGAUCGAGGAACUUCGAAUUAGGUACCAGAGCAAGAGGCAACCGAUCUUAGACGCAAUGGAAGCCAAAAAACGCAGACAACAGCAGAACUUCUGACGUAACUUCCGGCUCUGUUAUAGUCAAAGGAGUCUCUGACGUUUCUUCCGGUCAAAUGAACUUGUAAUUUUACCUCGGUCAAAGGAAUCCUAAGCCCAAUUUCUGUUUAAAAAGCCGCAGACAGCAGCAGGCCUGACGCAACUUUCGCUUUAUAAUUGCAAAGAAAUAUAUGACGUCACUUCCGGCCAAAUAACUUAUUGACGUGAUGCUUGUCAAGUGAACUUUUUACGCCAUUUCUGAUAACACAGCUAUUGAUUUGAAUUCCCUUUUAAUUACCUUUUGGUGUUAUGAGGAAAACUUCUGACAUCAGUUCCAGUUCAUCUCGAGUAUUAAAUGCAGUCUAUUUUACAAGUGAUUGGUUGAAGUUUGCGCAGAUUUUGUUGCGUGCCUUUUGGUAAUAAGUACAUAUGAGUUGCGUGAAAGUGCAAUCUUGUCACGUGGUAGGGGUGGACCAUCUAUUAUAUCCUGCGCUAAUGAUUUUUUUUUUUCAAAUUGUGAUAUCGAGGAUAACAGAUCUGUUGAGUACACUCUUUUUUUAUAAGAAUGUCUAAUUUUCAGUUUAGGCUGGGCCGUUCUUAUUUUUGGAGCAUUUUAAGGCUGAAUAUGAUCUUAACGGUAUUCUUAAUAGUGCACUUAUAUAAAAAUAUAAUGUCUUGAAUUAUUAGAAAGAGAAUUACACAAAUGAUCAAUAGCAAUAAUUGCUAUAAGCACAAUUUGAUUCUGCAUUUUAGAACGCAUCUGGAAUCAAAAUCAAUAUUUGUCUGCUAUCUGAUCCUCGGCAUGUUCUUAGCAUGUUCUUAAAAUUUGGUUAAAUCUUCAGCUUGACGUUCUUAUAAAAAAAAGGUUCUUAUAAAAAAAAGAGUGUAUUAUGGUUUUGUGACUUUUUGGUAUCCUAAUUGUUUGUUUUGCUAAAGAAUGAUUUUAUCAUCCCUCUCACAUUUUUUGGUAUUUCGAUUCGGUUUGGUAAUGCAAUGGUCUCACAAAGAAAUAAGGCUUUGUUGUGAAUACUUUAUGGAUUUAGUAGUAUUAAUCUGUGACCCUAAACCCUAUUUUAUAUUUUGUACAUAAACAAAAAUACAAUAAAACAAAGGAAAGAAA